AUGCCCGGCUUCAAUCACAUUCGAGUACGCAAGUCGUACUCGCGGGACACGCUCAUGGUGUCGCCCGUUGACGAGAACGGUGUCGCCGACCGAUGGGCCGACGCUUCGAAUCCCCAUGUCGUCUCUGCCGUGGCAACCGCGACGAUCGUGGACGACGAAUGCAACGGGAGUCUACCAUCUUCCCACGUCGCGGCAUUGGGGCUCGCGGACGCGCUGCGGCACGUGCACAUCCUGCGGCGCGGGCCCGAGACGAGCGGGGGACCGGAGCCGCGCCCCGCACUCCCCGGGCGCGUCGCGACGCACACAAUGGUGCGCUUCAUCGACCUGACGGCGUGGAACUCGGACGACGCGGAGACGUUCUGGCGCACGCGGCCGAUCAUGGGCCUACUGGCGCGCCCAAAGGGCGCGACGCGCAUGGUGCUCAACUCGUCAUUUGACCCGCGGCACCCGCGCCUGCGCGAGGCGAGCUUCAGCGCCUACUUCCUCGGCUUGAGCGAGGUCACGCUCAUCUUCACGCCGUACGAGCGCGUGCGGUCGCCGCCGCCGAGCGGCGACCUCAUGCCCAUGAGCGCGGCGAACACGCCCACAGGAACGCCGACGACGUCGCCACGCACAAGCACCGACAAGCCUACGCGUCCCGGGUUCAUCACGUCGAAUAUCCCGCCUGAGCAGCGAUGGCUCGGCAUGCUCAAUGACCUCAUGUAUGCGCUCUCCGAGUGCUUCGGGGGCACGACAUGCAGAUUCACCCUCGUGGGUGUUGAGACGAUCCCGGCGGCGGCGCUCAACCUCGACCCCGCGCUCGCGGACGACUGGCCGUCCCGCCGCGAAACGGUGCGCAAGCUCAUCGGCCGCCAGGUCAACUUUACGCGCGGCGUGUAUCCCCCCCAGCCGCCGAUUCCGGCAGACGAGCUCGCGCACCUCCUCCAGGACAUCCGCAUCCUCACGCGCGAAGAGUACCGGCAGCGGGUGGGGGCGGAGGAGUUUGAGUUGUUUACGAUGUGGUAG